CUCGGCAUUUGAUGGAUAGUUACCCAAUGUGUCGUGAGAUCAGGCUGUCGAUGGGACCAUUCUCGGUCCGAGAUCUUCGAUCGACAUAACUGCUUUCCUUGGUGUAUGAUCAGCAUUAGCAUGGGAAGUAUAUCGCACGACAUGACAGGUAAUCAUCAUUAUUGCUGUAAAAGUGUUUCCAAAUUGUCAAUGUUGCUGCAAAGUGCUUUCGGUGUGGCGUGUGUUCGAUCAUCUAGCUGCAUUGAAGCGCAUAAUAGUGCGGGCAUUGCGGCGAGAUUCACUACGAACAUUAUUGCGAGAAUUGCCGCGAGACGACCAUCGCCUUACCUUCUUAUUGACUUAUGAUCUGCUAGAGUCUGUCGUGCGUGUAGCUGUAGAAAUACACAAUGCUUUCCGGGCUUGAGUCGCGUCCAUUGAGAGCGGGUCACGCAGUCCACCCAUGGCUUCCGAACAAACGAGCAAGCUCUAUCUCCCUGGACGAAUGCACCAACCUCGAACGGAUUGUGCGUCUCUACAGCUUAGUCACUCGAGAUGUGGGCCGCGAGAGAAGGGCAUUGAUGACGGAGUGUUGCGCCUGGGCAGGAUCCAGUAGCAGCAUGUCUGUCGUUCCGACACGGUCCGAGAUAUGUCUGGAGGGAAAUCGUGGAGACCGUGUGGGUAAGCUGUGGAGUGGAUGCUGGGUAGUGGGCAACGACCAUCGCAGUGGCUUUGGCUGUGGUUCUUGCGGGAUAUUAUCAAGAGAGUCGUUCCGAAGCACGACCAUUCAGAACAGGUACCAAAGUAGGAACGAGUCCAUUGUUGCUUCUACAAGUAAGCCCAGCGAACCAUCGUUCACACUACCAAGGCUGAAAGAGCCCAAAUAUUUUGACCAAGGCUUUGAUGACCAUACCACUGUUGCAGAUGCUGAACAAAGACCAGGAAAGCCGGCUGUCCGAGUUGUGGAUUUGAGUCAGCGGAAGAUCGCGAGUGGAAGGGCCGAUUCCGCGCUGGCUGACCGCACCCGGCAGGCAAGCUGAGCGAACAAGACUUCUCCGUUAAGAAGAGCUUUUCAGCGAGCAUUCAGCGCAGUAAACACAUAAG